CGCGGAGUCGUGGUUGGUUUGUACUUCCAAGUUGGAGUUUCAUUUCAGUUACCGCUCCUGUGUCAUUCCCCUUCUUUCCAAGAAACGGCGUGAGUCGUUUUCGCGCGCGAGGUCCCUGUUCUCCGCAACGAGCUGCCGCAGUGCCACAGCGAGGGGUUCCGUUGAAGACCUUACCGGUCCCGAUCCGUAGUUUCCUUGAGUGGAGACUGCCGCUUUGAAGUGCCGAGCUGUUUGCCAGUUAAUGCCAUGGAGACUGGCCUAAAGGAAAGGGGCGGUUCUCGCCAUGCUCCCCGGCUUUGGCGUGGGCCGACUCGGCACUUGCUGUCGAUUCGACUUGCGGCUUUCGCCGGCUUGACUUUUCUGCUCGCGGCGUCGCGAGUUUCUGCAGAAGUGGGGGCUUUCGAGGGAGGCAUCGGCGACCACGUAACGAUGCAUUUGAUAGGGAGAAGCUGGGAGAUGCACGGAGGCGCGUGCUUCGUUGGCCGGCCGAAGAACUUGGUGGUCGACCCGGUGUUCGGUACAUAUGGCAGACAGCCCCAAGUUCUCGAGACACACAAAACCGGUCCUCGUCUGUGCAAAUGGCUAGACGAACUUUUUGAGCAACAUCAGGCGCGGCGGUCUGAGUGGGAAAGGGCGCACGAAGCUGCCAAGUCGCAAGUGUCGAUGUUCAACGCGGUGCGGCGCUUCAAGAACGCCGUCACAGUUUUCCCCGAGUUCCAAGUGGAGAUCGAGUCGAACUACCUCAGUCUCUUCCACGACGACUGGUACGGCAACCAACUGCCCUGGAUGGCCGCCACAGUCAAGUACGUUGAGCCGAAGGACGGAUACGGCGUCUUCCAGCACCUGAAUCGCGUCUUCGCUGUGCCGGGAGUUCCCCAGGCGCAACUCGUAUUCUUUCUGCUCUACCCUGCGCCGACGUUCAAUCAGCCUGUGAAGCUGGAGAAACCGGGGAAGGGCAGCAUCGUCUCCGGCUUCAUCGGCGGAACGGGACUCGGGGCCUCGGUGUCGCACAUGCGCCGAGGAGACAUCGGCGACCUGGUUGACCUCGGCCGUGUCAUUUACGCCGCAGUGAAAAAGAAUUUCACCAUCCAAGCCUCUCUCUCGGACUUCUGGCUGAACGGGGGCAACUGCUACAUGGGAUCACGCUUCAAGGUAAAGGGCACGAUCCAGGGCGUGACUCUUUGUCAGUUUCUCGCGGGUGAGGCGAGCAAAUCUGUGUACGGAGCGUACAAAGCUGCCAAGCUCAAGUCCGUCCAUCUGACAGUGACAGGCGUCGAUUUGUUUAACCGCGCGCAGCCUGAGCUGCGGUGCCUCGUCACGGAGGGGCUGUUGCUUCACGAUGUGCACGACUUCACGGUGAGUCUGGCGGUCGAUACGAAUCCGCAACUCAUUCAACACUUUCAGCGCACUACGCGUCUGGCCAGCAUGUUCAGGUGGGUGAAGCUGAUAGGCAGGUUCCUCGUGAAGAUCGGCUCGACGUUCAUGAAACCUUCACAAAAGAAGUAGGCAGCUGUGCACGCGGGAACGAGACUGGAUGCUCGACGCUUGGAGGUUCACAGGCAUCGAGUCACGUCGCAUCCAGUUCAGACGAAAGUGGAGCCACUUGGCGGACAGGGCGACGCGUCGCAGUCGCAGACAGUCUUUCGAUGCAAACACAACCCGCAUGGUCUCUCUCUGCGGAAGGCCGAGACAAGAAACUCAGCCCACACCGCCCCGCAAGUUUGCUGAGCACCCGAAUGACAGACCGGCCACUAACAGAAUGCGAAUGUUCUCGCGAAAAUGCGCGGAUGACGGCACGAGAUAGACGCAUGGUCUGGUCGGAACGACCGACAGCAACACGGCAAGCGACACGCGAGGAGGCCUUUGCACCGGCCAACGGCCACCCCCGGACCUGGCUUGCUGUUUUACGUCACCGGUUUCCGGUUGUUAUUUUUCACGUUCGUGCGAAUGUAGCUUUUCUAACGACGAAGGCGACGCGAGUUUCGGUGCCGACCUUCCGUGAGUGGGCGCGGCUUUGUUUUGAGGUGAUCCGUUACGCAAGUUGCGGUCGAAGCGCGCCCGUGGAUUGCGGAGAAUUCAACAUGCCGUUUGCCCUGCCUUUUGACAGCAAACGGUCGAUGUGAGACCGGCAUCGAAACGGAAGCUACAGGCUCUCUUUCCAGAGGCCGACACACUUUCAGUUCCCGCCCGCUGUAAGGACGCAGCAAGAGCAGAGGCUGCUCCUCGUUUUCCAGUUUCUUCCCCCGGAGAAGAAGGUUUUCGCGGGUGCAUUUUAUUUUUGAUUCGAGAGAGGCAGCCAAAACUGCGGGCCUCCGAACGCGCAAAUCCCUCGGGAAGGCCCGCGCUGAGACACGAAGCGCCUUCGUGGAAAAAAAGUGCACAGGGUGACAGUGUGAUGCACAGCCGAGCAAAAAUGCAUUCGCGCGCGCCACCACGGUGGCGUUGCUCUGCUCUUUGCUUCGUCGGUGCUCAGAGCGCGACAGACUGGCGCGCUCAGAAUACGUCAUCCGUAGAAAGCAGAGACAUCGAGAGCGGUCUCUCCGUGCGUGGUGAUGCCUUUGGAUCUACAGACGAACGUACAUGCACAUCUUUCCAAGUGCAGAGCCUCGCAGAGAGUCUCUCGAACAACUGCCGAGUGUCUGAGAUUCGCUGUCGUCGAAAACAGCCGAGCUGCCAGAACUCCCUUU